CGCGCUCAUCAGCUGUGAAAGUACGUUCGGUAUUUUUUGUGUGUUUUCUUCUUUUCUUUCUGUUUCCAUUGUAGAAUACUCUUCAUUCAUUCGCAAGUAAAUUACGCGAUUUUGUUGUUGUUACUUGUGUCAAUCCUUUUCAAUACAAGACAAUUGUUUUAUAUGUUUAUGCCGGACUACAAGUAUGAAAAAAGAAAUAAUUGAAUAAACGUCGGUCGUAUCGGUGUCUUGGGUGAAUGAUGUAUGAGUGGUAAACGCACACGCAGCUUUAAAUGUGCAGUUCAUCAUCGCGAUCGUGAAGUUUGUUCUGAGAAUGAUUUUCAUUUGGUUUUAGAAGAGCCGCCCUUCUUUAAAAAAAUGGUUCAUGUCAUUGCAAUGGAAAUACUGCCCGAAGAGCGUGAUCGCAAAUAUUAUGCAGAUCGUUACUCAUGCUGUCCGCCGCCAUGGUUUAUAAUCUUUAUUACUAUUAUUGAGUUAUGUUUGUUUACGUAUCACACCUUAAAUACAGGAGAAGCAGAUCCCGUGGGUCCAGUGCCCAUUGAUUCUUUAUUUAUUUACCGUCCUGAUAGACGUCAUGAAUUAUGGCGUUUCAUGUCCUAUAUGUUCCUGCAUGCAGGUUGGUUUCAUUUGGGCUUCAAUUUGCUGAUACAACUGGUCUUUGGUCUACCAUUAGAGAUGGUACACGGUUCCGGUCGUAUUGCUUGUAUAUAUUUUUCUGGUGUUUUGGCAGGUUCAUUAGGCACCAGCAUAAUUGAUCCGGAUGUUUAUUUGGUUGGCGCCAGUGGUGGUGUUUACGCUUUACUAGCUGCCCAUUUGGCUAACGUUAUGAUAAACUAUCAUCAAAUGCGUUAUGGAAUUUUACGUUUGGCAGUCAUUUUAUUUUUUGCUUCCUGUGAUGUGGGUUUUGCAGUUUAUGCUCGUUUUGCUGAUGACUAUCCCUCCGUAUCUUUUAUUGCCCAUUUAACUGGCGCUUUGGCUGGUCUAACAAUCGGUCUAUUAGUGUUGAAGAAUUUCGAACAAAAAUUACACGAACAAUUGCUGUGGUGGAUUGUUUUGGGUAUCUAUGCAGCUUGCAUCAUAUUUGCCAUCAUCUUUAAUAUUCUCAAUAGUGCGAUAAUGCAGAGUCUUAAAGCGAAACCGAUUUAUGCCACAGAAACGUAUUACAAUAAUUUUCAAGUUUGAUGUAGAAAAGCUUUAAUUUAUCUUUUAAUUCUAUAUAUAUAAACAAACAAACAAACUACACUUAGAUACAUGAGUAAAUAUGUUUAAGUAUUUAUUUUCUUUUUGAUUUAAUUUAAUGAAUUUAUUUAUUUUUCUUAUUUAAGUUAAGUUUACUCCAUUACUGGUUUUCAUUCCAAAAUAUUUUAAAUGAAUUAAUUAAAUGUAUACAUUUUCUAAUGUACAUAUGUACAUAUGUAUGUAGGUA